AUGGCAUAUAUUUUAUACGAGUCAAUUUGUAAUUAUAAAAACUAUCAAUACAAUUUACAAGUAAAUAUCGAACAGUACGAUGGUGGUAAAGAUAAACAACAACGGGAAACAAGUUUAAAUGAGCUAGUCACAAAUGAAGCAUCGAUUGAUCCAGUUCAAAUACAAAUUAUUGCUCCAUCAACAAAAAUUUUAUUUAUACCAAUUAAUCAAAGAUCUAAUAGUUCAACAUCAUCAGACAUUCCAUCAAUUAUUCCUUUGAGACAGUUAAUCAAUAUUCAUCAAAUAGAAAAGAGAGAAAAGAAUGGCAAUGGAUUUUUUAGUUCGUUGCCAAGAUUUUUUGAAAAAAAUCAGCUAAUUAGAACACAAAUCAAGUCUGAAUCAAAUUCAAAUAGUCUAAAUUCUAGUGCAACAAACGAGAAUGAGAUACCAUUAAACUUAUCGCUAUCGAAUGUUGUCAACAAAGAUCCAGAAGCAUUUUCUCAUAUCUACAUGAGACAAACCAAUGAGCUAUCAGAGUCAAAUGAACAGUCAACGACGUCUUUAAAACGUAGUAUUCUUACGACAGAUGAAGAGAAUGUUGAAAAUAAUGAUGAAGAACAAAAAUCGAAAACAUGCGUUCAACUAACAUAUAUAGAUAUAAAAAGUCCAUUUCAAUGGCUAUUAAAACAUUUAAUUAUUGAAUUACAGACAGAAGCAGAAGCAAAAACAUUUUGCGUCUAUUUAACUAAAUGUUUAUCGAUACUUAAAGAACGACCAAGACAUUUAUUAGUGUUUGUUAAUCCGUUAUGUGGAAAAGGAAAAGGACAUUCAAUAUAUGAAAAUAGAAUAAUGACAUUAUUCGAUGAAGCACAAGUAAAUGUUGAUACAAUUUAUACGGAACGUGCGAAUCAUGCUCGUGAUUAUAUUCUUGAUCAAGAAUUAACGAAAUAUGAUGGUAUUAUUGGGGUUGGUGGUGAUGGAAUGUUUUCAGAAUUAUGUCAUGGAUUGCUGUUGAAAACAGUUCAAAACUCAAAUUUAGAUAUUAACGAUCCACGAGUUAAUUUAAUACGACCAGAAACACGUAUCGGAAUAAUUCCUGCGGGCUCUACGGAUGCAGUUGUAUAUGGAACAACUGGUAUGAAUGAUCCAGUCACUAGCGCAUUACAAAUUAUAACAGGCGAAUCAUUAUUAAUCGAUUUAACCACAAUUCACAGUGAACAAGGUUUUGUACGGUUUAUGGCGACCAUGUUGGCUUAUGGUUUUUUUGGCGACAUAAUCAAUACGUCGGAACGUUGGAGAUGUUUGGGACCAUUCCGCUAUGAUUUGGCCGGUUUUAGACAGUUCGUCCGCAAUAAAUCUUAUCGAUCUCACUUAUCCAUAACACUUUCACCAAAUGAUUCAAGCUUACAUCAUAGUGUUGAAUUAGAUACAUCACAGCCAUUACAAGAAACAACAAAGAGACAACAAUUUUUUCAGAAUACAGAAACCGAUGAUAGUUUGAAAGAAAUUGUUACACCACGAGCACAAUUUUGUAACAGGAAUUGUGAUAAAUGUUCGAUUAAUGAUAUUGAAACUGAUGGUGAAUUGCGUUUACCAUUACAAAUAGAAAAACAAGGACAAUACACAACAAUUAAUUGUUUAAAUAUGCCCUGUAGAUGCAAAAAAUCAAAAUAUGGAAUGUCACCAUUUGUACAUUUAGGUGAUGGUUCAUUUGAUCUUAUUCUUGUUAAACGUUCAUGGCGAACAGGCUUUUUACGAUUUUUAUGGCAGGUAGCUAAUGAUAGUCGUUAUAUUAAUCAAUUACCAAACGUUGAACGCUAUCGUGUCAAUGAAGUUUUAAUUAAACCCGAAUUAGCUCAUUCAGAACAAGCUGGUAAUUGGUCGUGUGAUGGUGAGUUAAUAUCGGGAAAUAAAAUUCAAGUGCGUGUCCAUCGUCAGAUAUUGAAUUUAUUUGCACGAGGUAUUGAAUUUCAACAAGUUGAAAAUACGAAAAAAUUAAAAAAACCAUUUUUCUCGAGUUUUUGGAAUAAAAAUAAAAAACAAACAAACGCUAAUGUGUAA